AUGGAUGAGGAAAAAACGGCCGCGGUGUCCGCAGUGAACACUGUGAGAGAAAUUAUUAUCUCUCCGCCGAAAGACAAGCCAUAUUACAAGUUAAAGGAGGAACUUGUUCGGAGGACGUAUAUGUCACGGCAAAAGAAAUUGUACCAGCUUUUGCAUGAGGAACAAUUGGGAGACAGCAAGCCGUCGCAAUUUUUACGUCGUUUGCAGCAUCUAGCCGGAGAAAGUAAUGAGGAUGGCAUUAUAUGUCAUAUUUUUCUCCAGCGUUUGCCCCCUGCGUAUCACGCUGUUUUAGCCGCGGUCGGUGAAGAUGCACCCGUCGAAAAGAUGGCUGAAAUAGCAGAUAAUGUAGCUGACCUAACUUCGGGAUGCACUGCUCCCGUUUCUGCCGUACAGACGCAAGAGCCAGAUCCGCUGGCUAGACAUUUGGAGGGACAACGAAGCCCCCCCCCGUUCUUUCAAUUCGCAACAGGGAAAAGCCUAGGCUGGCGACCGGAGGCGACCCGGUGCGCCGGCGUGGGAGAGGUUUGUAGCUUACUAUUUGUUUCGGACCGCACAACUGGUAUACGUUUGCUCGUGGACAGUGGUGCGCAAAUAUCUUUAAUUCCUGCCACUAGGGCAGACAAGUUAAAAGGCUCUCACAAACUUACCCUGCAGGCCGUGAAUAAGUCGCUCAUCCAGACUUAUGGUCAGAGGUGCCUUACAUUGAAUUUGGGUCUGAGACGGGUUUUCACCCAUUUCUUUGUCCUUGCGGAUGUAGAAAAGGCCAUAUUGGGUGCAGAUUUUUUACACAAAUUUGGUCUUCUCAUUGAUGUUCACAGACGUUGUCUGACAGACCCUAAGACAAAUACUCAAUCGCCGGGAGCCAUUCAUAAUGUAAUUCCAUUAUGUCCUACUGUGGCUAACACAGAAGAUAACCCUAUGUUCUGUGAACUUUUACAAAAGUUUGACAGUAUUACUAAACCGGCUUUUCAUAAAGAUAGUUUACCCCACAAUAUAACACACCACAUCGCUAUUAGCGGUCCUCCUGUUCACAGCCGUCCUCGUCGUCUGGCACCGGAAAAAUUGAGUUUAGCGAAAGCGGAAUUUACCCAAAUGAUGGAACUUGGUAUUAUCCGGCCAUCAAAGAGUAACUGGGCAUCUCCUUUACACCUGGUACCCAAAAGUGGUGGUACCUGGCGAGCUUGUGGGGAUUAUAGGGCACUCAACUCUGCCACUAAACCUGACCGUUAUCCCAUUCCUCAUAUACAUGACGUAACGGCCAUCAUUCAGGAUAGGGUGCUCACGGAACAAGAGAUCCGAGAGUCACGAUACUACCUCCGCUUUGAACCUGAGGCGGCGACUCAGAACAAGAACGAAAUGGGAGAUGAUACUGCUGAGUUAAUAGAAGAAACAUCGCUACCUAAAUCUCCCCGAUAUAAAGUACUCGAGGAAAUUGAUGAAGGUGGCUUCGGUCGAAUUUAUAAAGUUCUAAACACAGAAACCAACCGUGAGUUCGCCUUGAAACGGCUGUGUUACGAGGGUGAAUUUCAGGACGAUAAAUAUGUAUUCGCCGAAGUUUACUGUCUGUCGAAAUUAAAACACCCAAACAUUAUCGAAUUAGAAGAAUUCAUUUUAAAGCCAGAACGACUUUACAUCAUUAUGGAAUAUGCUAGAUACGGCAAUAUUGAACAGUAUGUAAUAAGGAAACACCCAUUACCACCUUCUGAAAAUAUGGGUUACUUCAGUCAAAUAAUGUCUGCUAUUUGCUACUGUCAUUCGCGUAAUAUUGCCCAUAGGGAUUUGACACCAAGCAAUGCUCUUCUUACUGAAAGCUUCAAUUUAAAACUAGCUGACUGGGGACUAGCAACGCCAUGCGGUAAAGACCGAGACAAUCCAAUCUUUAGUGAAGACUACAUCGGUGAUUCUCGCUAUCUUCCACCAGAAGUGUUACGUCGCGCACCGUUCAGCCCGUUACCGACUGAUGUCUGGGGAUUAGGGUGUGUGUUAUUUUUUAUGUUAACUUCCGAGCCUCCUUUUGAAGGCACAGAGACAUCUAUCAUAAACCAGCAAACAGGAUCGGGGGUCAUAUUUCCAGAUUGGCUGAGUGGUUGUGAUAUUCCAGAAACGCUUCGGAUAAUAAAAAACAUCAAUUUUUUAUUAGUAGCAGACGAGUUAAAGAGACCUAAAGUUGAAGAAGCCAGAGAUUUUUUUAUCUCGAGUGGAAAGUAG